AUGUCCCAUUUUGUUCCUAAAACUUUCAUAUGUACACUAUUAUUAUGUGUAGUCCUAAAUCCUUAUAAUAGUACCUCUUCCCCUAUAUGUACGGAAAACAGAAUAAAUCAUCAUGUCUUGAACAGCAAAUGUGGAGCAUCCCUGCAGGCGCCAUAUGCGUCUUUGCAGAAUAACCUACCCUAUUCCACACAAUUUAAUCAACAGAACGAUGGUCUAAAGUGUGCUGCUCCAAGUUAUUCAGACCCAGAGUAUGCCAAUCAGCAAAACUCUGUAAAAGGCAUGCCGGUGCAGAGUACGCUCGUCCACAAAAUUCAAGCCAAUGGAUUGUUGGACAACUCUACAAAAUUGCAAAAUGUGCACUUAUACAGUGGGAGCAGUAUACAACAGGGAUUGCAACCACCACCGUCCAUAGACGCAUCGAACGGAGGCGGGGGGAAACAGAGUCGAAUAAUGUCCUUGUUAAAUGAAAUAAAAGAAACAUUAUUAAUCAGACCACAAAUAAUUGAAGCAAAAUUAAAAAAAUUAGAACAAGCUUUGCUAAAUAAUAAAUUAAUAACAGAAUCCAAAUUAAAGGAAGUGAAGCAGGUCUUAUCCGAUAGGGAAAUAAUAGGAAAAAAGAAAAGGAGCGUUUUCAAAGUAUUGAAGGAAAAUUUUUUAAGCAAUCCAUCUAUACGAAAAUUAAUGCUAAAAGAAUUAGAAGACAUUUUGUUAGGAAAUGAAUUAAACACCGAAUACAUUUUAAGUGUAAUAAAUAAAAAUAAGUUUAGUAAGAGAUUGGCCUAUUUGCCUUUGUUAAAUAUAUUUGGAAGAUUCAUCGUAUCCAGAAAAUUAAUGGAUGAAUCGAAAUUAAAAGAAUUAAAAGGGGUUUUGCUGAGUGACGAACCUAUCACAGAAUCGCAAUUACAUGAUUUAAAAGUGUUGCUGGUGGAUGUAUUACAUAAUAUCACUAAUGCAGAUAAUAACGCAACAUCACAAAGUAAAGUAAGUAAUUACCACAUCAUUCGUCCUACUCCUCCGAACGUGGAUGCGUAUUAUUUUUCACAGCGGCCUUUUGAUUCCGUAAUCAAUGUGGACGCGCGAUACCCUGACCACCAUUUAUUGCAAAAUGUGCAUUCGCUCAAAAAUCGGAACGAAUUCCCUAGAAGGGAACCUUUCAAUAGUGAUGCAUUUAUAAGAAGGACGAAUUUGAAAAGGAAAGAAAAUUUAUCUCUGGAGUUAGACCGUUCCCGGAGGACAAAAAAAGAUGAACACUAUAAAAGAAAUGUGUCGCAAAAAGCAGAUUUGGUAAAAAAGAAUGAACUGUUAAAAAAGAAGGUUUUGAGGGAGGCCGAUUUUGUUCAUGAGAAUGAGCUUCUCAGAAAAAGGACGUUUUUGAAGGAGGCCGAUUUGGAGAAAGAGAAUGACCUGUUGGAAAAGAGGCUCUUGAAAAAGGACCAUUUGAUAGGGACAAGUAAUCUGAAAAGAGGUCAUACCAUUUUUCUCCCAAAAUAUGAAGACUCCAUAGAUGAAAAUCCUGCUAUAGACAGAAGGGAAAUAUUACAAAAAAAUGAGUUAAUAAAAAAAAUCCAUAUUAAAGAGGAUAUUAGGAAACCGACACCAAAGAGGGAUUCACUAGAAAAAGUUCCUGUGGAAAUCACUCCAAAAGACGACAAAUUACCAAAGAAUGAUUCUUCAGGAAAACUUCCUGUGGACAUCACCCCAAAAGACGACAAAUUACCACCAAAAAAGAAGUCUCCCUUGGAAAAAGUUCCUGUGGAAAUUACCCCAAAAGACAAAGUACCAAAGAGCCAUUCUUUGGAAAAAGUGAUUCAUGUAGGAGGAAUCACCCUAAAAGACAAGGUACCAAAGAAUGAUUCUUUAGGAAAAGUGACUCCUGUGGAAGGAAUCACCCCAAAAAGCGACAAAUUACCAAAGAACGAUUCCUUAGAAAAAGUGAUCCAUGUGGAAGGAAACACCUCAAAAGACGACAAAUUAACAAAGAGAAAUUUCGCAAAUAAAACUGACAAAAAAAAAAAAAUCGAGCAAAUCACAAAAAAGAAAAAAUGGACUAUAGAAAUACAUAUGAGUAAAAAAAAGCAAACAUAUGAAAUAAUAACGAGUAAAAAGAAAAAAAAGAAAACUGCUAUUAUAAGCACGCACAUGUGUGAAAGGAAUAAAAAAAAUGAACUUAUAGACGACACCCUCGAUUCUAAAAGUAAAGAUGAUGAUAAAAAUGUGGAAGAAGAAGAAAAAGCGGUCGCUAAGAAGAAAAAAUUCAAGGUAGAUGUACAUUUAGAAAAAAAAAAAAAGAAAAAGGGAAAACCGGUAAUUAAAAAAAAAACAUGGAUGAUUGAAGCAAUUAUGAAAAAUGUUGCCCCAAAGAAAGAGUUGGAAAUAUUAAAAGAAUUACCUGUGUCCCAUGUAAUUGAUGUGGACGUCAACGAUCCGUUAUACCGAACAAAAGAAGAAAUUCUUUUUGAAAGUAUUCUUGCGAACCCUAUAAAAGAACCUAGUAGAAAAAAAAGAAGAGCUGGACUUUUAAAGAAAUUGGCUAUUUAUGGAUUAGUACCAACACUUGCUAUAGGAGCUAUAAUAGGUUUAACAAUAGGAUAUAUUCAUGUAGCGCCCAUAGAUGUUUAUUUAGACUCUACUGCUGUAGGUGUUAAGGCAACUGUAGAUGCUGUUGUACAGGAAGCGCCUGCAAUUGCACGUAACUUUGGACUGUGCUUGGUUGAUGCAGCAAGUGAAGCAUGGACCACUUUGUUUGGGGUGUCUUCUCUUUUUCAUCCUUUUAUUUCUGCUGCAGAAUGCACAGGAAAGGCGGUAGCAAGUACCGUAUCUACCGUUACUGAAGCCGCAUUGGAGGGUGCUGCUGUAGCUACUUCAUAUGGUACAUUAUACGGUGUAUUGCAAAUAAUGUUCCCAUCAUUAAUAGCUCUUGGAGUUGCAGUCCUUAUUUAUAUUAUAUUCUUAUAUCUAGAUGAAAAAGGCAAGAUGGAAUGGUUCCACAGAUAUAGAAGGAAGUUUAUGAAAAAUUUGAAGAGGAAAUAUAAUGAAUUCAAGAUGUCCAGAAAAGGAAAAAGGAGGAGAAAGUGGUAUAGGAAAUUUCUAUCUAAAAUGGAAUACAUAAAUGAAGAACAAAAUGCAUAUCCUAACGGAGCGGUUUGCUUAAAACAUUAA